UAUGGAUAAAACAUUCUUACAAACAAGCAUAUUUAUUCAUAUGUCACAUGGAAAAUUUUAUGUAACAACAAAAAAAUUACAAAAUAAAAAUAAAAUAAAAUAAAAUGCCUGAGGAAUUCAAUUCUGCUCUGAUUGGCUCACUUAAAAAUAUAAUUGAAACUCUUGAAAAUAUUGAUGAUAGGGGUACAUGUAAGAGCGAUGAUGACUCAGAUGAAAGCAGUAGAGAGAGUGUUGACAAGCAAAUUGUUGAAAAGUCUGAAGAGGAAGUAAGAGAGAGUCAAGAGGAAAAGCAUGCACCUUCAAAAGAGAAAGCCAGCGAUAAAAACCAGGUCCAAUUUGGUGUGGAUAAAGUUGAACUCAUACCUGGAAGUCUUGCUCCAGAGUAUGUCAAAUACCAUCCUGAUUUGCACCCAAUGAUCCCUUAUCCUCGGCCUCCAGGAAUUAUAGAAUUGAGGGGCAGUGAUCUUAUUAAAGGUUGUGCAUGUCUCAAACGAAAUGGUUUGCAAUCAGAUUGUGAACUGAGGCAUUGCAGAGGAGACCCUAAGUGUAUAUUUUAUCCCACACCAGUUUGUGAACCAAGCGGUUUGGGUUUACCACGAGUACACUCAUCGUUCAUAAAGAGGCCUGAAGAAAAGAAGGCCUGGGAGAUGUUGACACCACCAGUCGUUGAAACAGUCAUGGAAAAACCGGUGACUGUAAAGCAAAGUAAAAAGAUUUUACAGAGGCGAAAGAUUCAGGGAGAAGCUGAAAAAGAGCUUUAUGAAAAAGUGAAGAAAGAAAUACUCGAUCGGACAACAUGUAAGAGAGUUGACUGCAAUUACAUUAAGCGAAACCCAAAACGCAAUGUAAAACUGCAAACAGAAAAUGGAACAUCUCCAAAAGAAGAGAAAGAAGAGCAAAAAGUAGAAGAGAAAGAAGAAUUGAAAAACUUGUCACCAAACCUUGAAACAGAACAACAAAACUUACAAUAAGUUAUUUUACAACAAAACAAAAAAAUCACGCAAAACUGUAAAUUUUCUUAAUUAGGUUUGUGUGGUAAAAAAUAUUAAAAAAAUAUUAUUACUGCAUUUAGCAAACGUCAACAUGGUACUUGCAUCUCUGUUAUAUUUUAGAAAAUAUUUUAGAAAUAAAACACAUUUUUUUUUAAA